AUGGUUUCUUCAUCUGGUUUUAUUACUGAAUUCAAUAAAGAAACAAAUUAUGGUUAUAUUCAAACUCAAACAAAUAGUCAAACAACGAAUGAACGACGUUUAAAAUUUCAUGUUUUUAAUUUAAAAACGAAUUCGAAACGUUACGUUACGAAAGAAGAUUUAACAUUUCUUGGUGAAUUAUUUGAUUUUGAUAUCAUUCAACAUACAGAUGGAACCGAACAUGAAGCAAUUAAUAUUAGACAUCGUGUUUUAAUGUGUCCAAUUGCUGGAUGUUCACGACUUAAAGCAUUUAUUAGUAAAAAUAUAUUAGAUGAACAUAUUCACAAUAAACAUUGUCAAGAGAAGAAAAUUGUUGAAACAAAACAACAAACGAAGGUUAUAGUGAAAAAACCAAUUCCCUUCACUAUCAAACUUAUGACAAGUUCAGCAGCUGUGAUUGGUCGUUUUAUUGGUAAAAAUGGUGUUAAUCUUAAAGAAUUUCAAAAAACAAAUCAUGUUCAAUUGAAAAUUUUAACGAAAACAACUGCAAUUAGUUUAACACAAAAUCCUGUUGUAGAAAUUCGAGUAAAACCAAUGAAAAUCAAUGUUAAUACUGAUGAUAUUACUCAAAAAUUAAAAUCUUUAUGGGAAAAAUCAGUUCGUAAACAACAAAAAGAAGAAAAUAAAUUUAAACAAAUUUUAUUCAAUCGAAUAGAAAGACGAUCAAUACCUGUGAAACAAAUUGAUUUUAAUAGUGAUACAAGACGUGCACGAGCAUUUACACUAUCUGGUGAUGAAUUAGUACGACGACGAUCAACCAGAUAUGGACAAACAGAAGCGAUAUUACGCAAACAACAAGCGAGAUCGACAUUAAGUUUAGAAGGACAUCGAUGUGCAGCAACAGGAGAUCUUCAACGAGGAGGAAUAAAAGUAGUUUAUAUUCAGUCAAAGAAAAAAAUUAGUAUGAAAGAUAAACAAUGGUUAGUAAAAGAACAAUUGUAUGAUAUGUCUAGUGAUAUAGAUGAUGAAUAG